AUGUGUAAGUUUUUCCACAGCCCACCAGAGCAGCCUGGAGAUAAACCUUCAGAAAAUGGUGAAGUCCAGCGCAAGGAGGUUUGCCACUGGCCGUGCCGAUGCCCGCCGGUGCCAGCCUGCACCCCGGGGGUCAGCCUGGUGAAGGAUGGCUGUGGCUGCUGUAAGGUCUGUGCCAAGCAGGCAGGAGAGCUCUGCAAUGAAGCAGAUGUCUGUGAUCCCCACAAAGGCCUCUACUGCAACUACUCAGAAGACGAGCCUAGGUAUGAAACAGGCGUGUGUGCAUAUCUGGUAGCUGUAGGAUGUGAGCUCAAUGGAGUUUAUUAUGCCAACGGGCAGACCUUUCAGCCCAACCGGCUUUAUAAGUGCCUGUGUGUCAGUGGUACAAUCGGAUGUACCCCUGUAUUCACACCAAGAUUAGCAGGAAGCCCUUGCACCAGGGUCCCAGGCAGAAAGAAGGCAGGACAAUCCAUCUGUGGCCUAGGACAGCACAAACAACUUCAAUCAACCAACUACAGACUGAUGUCAGCUUACAGAAGCUUACCACUAGUUUUGAAGAAAAAGUGCCUCAUACAGGCAACUCCCUGGACCCCCUGUUCCAGGACCUGUGGCAUAGGCAUAUCCAGCAGAGUGACCAAUGACAACAGAAAAUGUGAAAUGAAAAAAGAAAAGAGAUUAUGCUUCAUCCAGCCUUGUCUGACCAAUAUGCUGAAGAAAAUAAAGAUUCCAAAGGGAAAAACAUGUCAACCAACUUUCCAGCUUCCAACAGCAGAGAAGCUAGCUUUUUCCGGAUGCUCAACUACUCAAAGAUACAAACUAACUUUCUGUGGAGUGUGCUUGGAUAAGAGGUGCUGCAUUCCUAAUAAGUCCAAAAUGAUCACUGUACAGUUUGAGUGUCCCAAUGAAGGCUUCUUCAGGUGGAAGAUGAUGUGGAUAACAUCGUGUGUGUGUCAGAGGAUUUGCAGUGCUCCAGGAGAUAUAUUUUCCCAACUCAAACUCCUAUGACAAAUUACACCAUGGACUGUAACACAUGGCGUGCA